CGUGGGGGUGGGGAGCCCGGCGGAGAGCGGCGCCCGGGCGGGCAGUGACGAGUGCGCGAACCUAGAAGCGACCAUGCCCCGGGACAACAUGGCCUCCCUGAUCCAGCGGGUGGCCAAACAGGCCCGCAUCACCUUCCGGAGCCCGGCGCCGGAGCCGGGCUUCAGCGAGAACCUGCACCGGCUGCAGCAGCUGCUGAACGAGGUACGGGCCGAUGACCUGCACCUGGUCCCGCGGGGCCCGGCGGCCGUGCGGGACGGGCUGCUCGCGGGCCGGCGGGGCCGGAGAACCGGGGCGGUGCCGCCGGUGAGCUACAUGCCAUCUGCGCAGACAGGAGUUCAGCUAUUGGCGUUCCUGCUGCGGAGCGGGGCCUGCAUCCCGCUGCAUCGACCACCGGGCUGAACGCUGCUAAAGGUGCUUACGGCGCCUAGCGCAUCCGUAUGCCACUGGACCCGCUGCCCAACGGCCCGCCCGCGGUCCGCGCCGGCCCUGCUCCGCUCGCGCCAGCUCUGCACGCCCGCCUCGCCGCCCUGCCUGCUCUCGCCGCACACAGACAACCUGCACCAGAUCGACGCCGUGGACGGCCCGGCCGCCUUCCUCGACAUCCUGGCGCCCCCCUACGACCCAGAGAAUGGCCGGGACUGCCACUACUACCGCCUGCUGGAGGCGCCCGCCGCCGAGCCCCACGCCCUGCCCCGCGAGGUGUGGCUGGUGGAGACCCCACAGGCAGCUGAUUUCUGGUGUGGCGGAGAGCCCUACCCCGGGCCCAAAGUCUCCCCUUGAAGCCGGUGGAGGAGGGACCAUUUCCCCCCACCCCUUCCCACCCACUACUUCUUCCCCGGCAGGGAUCGUGUGGGGCCCUCUGGAAUAGGGGGCCCCUCCUCCUCCGGCAGGAGGUCGAAGAGCCGCCGGCAGCGGCACGGGAGGAUCUGCCUUGUGUCGUGGUUCACUUGAGAUGUCGCAGCGGCUACGCUUGCUAUACAAAAGCCAUAGCCACGAUUCCCUUCCCAGCCGCCUUUGAAGUAAUGCUAGA